AUGACGUCGGCUGUCGUUAGAGGAAGAACUUUCGAAUUAGAAAUCGUUGUGAAGUUGAGAAAAGUCGGGAUUGAAUGCAUGCAUACAGGCGGACGAGGUGAUGGUGGUAUUGAUAUACGUGGUCGUAUCGCUGGAAUUCCUUAUGUGAUCCAAUGCAAGAAUUGGAGACGUAAAAUAUAUCCCGACACUAUACGAAGUUUAGAAGGGGUGCUCACCCGACAACCAAACGGGACUAUCGGUGUCGUGGUGGCUCCCCUCAAAGGCAAAUUCACGUCUGGUGUGAUUGAGACAUCUAGAACAUCAUUUGUCAGUGGGUUUUCGCGAUGCCAAAUGGAUGUCGGUCAGAAAUCAAAACAAAAUCGUGCCCCGUCGCCUCAAGAGGCGAAGCGAUCUUAUACGUAUGAUGAUAUUUUGCGAUUAAACAGUAUAGAAAAUUGUUUAAUUGAUAUGCAAAGAUCGCGGGAUGAUAUAAUGUCUAAUAUCGGACAGAUUUUGGAAAAGGAAAAAAGCAAGCUUGUAUUGCAAAGAGAGAAAAGCUCAAGCUCGUUACGACUUUCUCGGUAUUAUGCUGAAAUUGUUGACAAAAGUAAAGCUCUUGAAGAAGAUCGCCGACGUAUAACCUCUUUGCGUGAAAAUAUUCGUUCUCGGAGAGUCGCUUUAGAGGAAGCUAAAAAGCGUUAUCAAACUGGGAAUGGAUAUUUGGAGGAAAGCCAAAAGAUUUUGGAACGAGAUCGCGAAUCCCUAUCCUCGACAACUUCCAAACUUUGUGUUCGUCAGAGAGAACUUGUUGCAGACUUGCUUACUAUAUAUCCUAUAGAUCCUAUAGAUGCAAAAACAUUCUCCUUUAAAAUUCUCGGUGUACCACUACCAAAUUCAGUAUUCACCGGUUGUGACGACGAACAAGUUGCUACAGCGUUGGGUUUUACUUGUCAUCUCACAUAUAUGCUCGCGUAUUAUCUCUGUGUUCCAAUAAGAUUUCCGAUGAUACCUAUGUCCUCAAGAUCGACAAUACGUGACCCUAUAUCUGCUUCCUUAGGAGAGUCAAGACAAUUUCCUUUACAUGCCAAAGGAGUUGAUGGUUAUCGGUUUGAGUAUGCAGUCUUUUUACUCAACAAAAAUAUCGAACAGCUAAUGAACUCGCAAGGAAUAAACGUUCUGGAUUUGAGAAACACACUUCCGAAUUUAAAGUAUCUCAUUCUCAGUUUGUCUUCAGGUCAAAGUUCAAAUCCACGUAAAAUUAUUCCACAUAAUUGUGCUAUACCUCGUAACACGAAUAAUGCGAUUGCAAGCACAAGUAAUCUGGAUCAUUUAUUGGAAGAAGAGGAGAGAGAAGAAAAUUUACUUUCUUUUUCAAAAUCACCUAAUACUUCAAAUUCCAUCAGACCUAUUGACUCCUCAAAGAGAUCAAGGAAUGUUAUAAAUACACUACAAAAGAGUACUAUCGGAUCACAUCAAAAAAGUUCUCAAGGAUUUGAAUUAGGAGUAACAUAA